UUAUCCCUGCUUCCUGAUUAUUCUGCAUGUGGGAUUUAUCUGGUUGUGUCUGACUUUCUUUGCUUUUUACGGUUUCUAUUCCUAAGGGCUGUUUGCGAGCUUCUGUAGGCUAUGGCAGAGGCAAACAUUUCAUGGGCUCAGGAUCAGUUCAGCUGUCCGAUCUGCCUUGAUCUACUAAAGGAGCCAGUGGCCAUUCCCUGUGGACACAGUUACUGUAUGAGCUGUAUUACAGACUGCUGGGAUCAGGAUGAUCAGAAGAGAGUCUACAGCUGCCCUCAGUGCAGACAGACCUUCACUCCAAGACCUGUUUUAGGUAAAAACACCAUGCUGGCUGAAGUGGUUGAAAAACUCAAGAAAACAGAACUGCAAGCUGCUCGUUCUGCUUACUUCUACGCUGGACCUGGUGAUGUGGAGUGUGACGUCUGUACUGGGAGAAAAUAUCAAGCUGUCAAGUCCUGUCUGGUUUGUCUGAAUUCUUAUUGUCAAAAUCACCUUGAACAACAUGACAUUUUCUUCAAAAGUAAGAGACACAAUCUGAUGGAUGCAACUGGACGACUGCAGGAGAUGAUUUGCCCUCAACAUGAUAAACUGCUGGAAAUGUUCUGUCGUACUGAUCAGCAGUGUAUAUGCUAUCUGUGCAUGAUGGAUGAACAUAACAAUCAUGAGACUGUAUCAGCUGGCACUGAGAAACAGACCCGGUUGGAGGCGACACUUAAAACAAACCAGCAGAAAAUCCAGGAAAGACAGAAGGAGCUUCAGGAGCUGAGAGAGACUGUGGAGUCUCACAAGCGAUCUGCACAGUCAGCAGUGAAGGACAGUGAGAGGAUCUUUACUGAGAUGAUCCGCUCCAUUAAGAGAAGCCGCUCUGAGGUGACACAGCUGAUCAGAGAUCAGGAAAAGGCUGCAGUGAGUCGAGCUGAAGGACUCUUGAAGCGACUGGAGCAGGAGAUUGCUGAUCUGAGGAGGAGAGACUCUGAGCUGGAGUUGCUUUCACACACAGAUGAUCACAUCCUUUUCCUUCAGAGUUCCAAGUCUCUCUCUGACCCUCCUGGAUCUACAGACUUACCCAGAAUAGCUGUCAGUUCUCUCUUCUCUUUUGAUGGUGUUAAUAAAUCUGUUUCUAAACUGAAAGAGAACGUGGAGCAUUUCUGCAGAGUGGAGAUAGAAAAGAUAUCUGAAAGAGUGACAUAUAUAGAAAUCAUCCCCACCCCUGAAUACAUGACCAGGGAGGAGUUCCUACAAUAUUUCUGCAAGUUCACACUGGAUUCAAACACAAUUAAUGAAUGCCUGUGUCUAUCUGAGGGAAACACGGUGGUUAAUUUCACUGACACAGCCCAGCCGUAUCCUGAUCAUCCAGAUAGAUUUGAUUAUUAUGCUCAGGUGCUGUGUAGAGAGAGUGUGAGCGAACGCUGUUACUGGGAGGUUGAGUGGCGUGAGAGAGAUGGGAUUGAAAUUUCAGUGUCAUAUAAGAGCAUCAGCAGAAAAGGAGAUGAUGAUGAGUGUGUGUUUGGGUUCAAUGAUCAGUCCUGGAGUUUGUACUGCUCUGAUUCCAGUUUCUCAUUCUGGCACAAUCACAUAGAGACUGAAGUCCCUGUAGUCUCCAGCUCCUCUAGAAUCGGAGUGUAUGUGGAUCACAGUGCAGGAAUUCUGUCCUUCUACAGCGUCUCUGACACAAUGACCCUCAUCCACAGAGUCCACAACACAUUCACUCAGCCUCUCUAUCCUGGGUUUGGGGUUUAUGAUGGGUCAGCUGCUAAACUGUGUGAUGUAACAUAAUUCAUUGUACAGAAAUACAAAUAAUAAUAAUACCAUGUACUGUUACAUGUUUGUUAUACAGCUGAAAUAAUCUAAAUAACAAGUCAAUCAAUAGAAACUGUCAAAAAUCCUAAAAGUUCAAAUCUUAUCAGAUUAGUCUAUUAAUGGUUGUAGUGAGUGAGUGAAAAAUGAAUGUGAAUAUAUCAUUUAAACAAAGAAGACAAAUAAUGUUGUUUAUGUUGCAUUAAAUAA